CCAAUGUGUAGAUUUCAAGCUGACACCACCAAUCAUGUUUGCAGCUUCCGCUCACAUCCUGCAGCGCACCCGAUAACCCCCACCUUUUUUUACGAGCUUUUAAUGGAUCUAAAUGUAGUAUUUUCACGCGCGUUUUCUGCAGCUGUGGACGUGUCAUGUGUCCGAGCCUCGGCGCUUUACGUGGGAUGCCACGCCACGGGAGUGUGACACAAACAUGCAUCAGUUUGACGAUUGUUUUCUGCUGUUUGCAGCCGCUGUGAGUCAAAGAUGUCCGCUCCACAAGGGCCCAAGGGCGGCCCUGGCCCUGCCGCCUCGGCGGCCGGCGCCAUGCCGGAGACCCCGGACCUCAGCCACCUCACCGAGGAGGAGAGGAAGAUCAUCCUCGGCGUCAUGGACCGACAGAAGAAGGAAGACGCGAAGGAGCAGUCCAUGUUAAAGAUCAAAGAAGGACCAAAGCCUCAGUCGGCACAGUGGUUUCCCUUUAGUGGGAUCACUGAGCUGGUAAAUAAUGUUCUUCAGCCACAGCAAAAGUCCCAAAAUGACAAGGAGCCCGAACCUGACGCGAAGUUGCACCAGCAGUUUGAGUCGUACAAAGACCAGGUCAAGAAGAUGGGGGACGAGACAAAACAGGCUCAGGAACAGAAGAGCGAAGCCCCAACCUGCGGGAUAUGCCACAAAACCAAGUUUGCCGACGGCUGUGGCCACCUCUGUUCGUAUUGCCAAACGAAAUUCUGUGCUCGGUGCGGAGGACGAGUGUCUCUGCGGUCAAAUAAGGUGAUGUGGGUAUGCAACUUGUGCCGAAAACAACAAGAAAUCCUCACCAAAUCCGGGGCGUGGUUUUAUGGCUCGGUGCCUGGUCAGGUGCGGCGUGUGUUUGAAGGCGGGCCGCAGGGGAAAAAGGCCAAACUGCAGGACCCGUCGCUGUACCCCUACCAGGGAGCCUCAGGGGACUUGACACAAGCGUCAGACAGGAGCAGACGUCACGGCGGGCUCCUGCCCAGACAGGCGUCCCUCGACAACGGGUCGCUGCGGUACCCCGGACACGGUGACACACCCGUAGACAGGAAACGAAGCCCAUCUGCAUCCAGGGAUCCAAACCAAAUAUACGACCAAAGGGAGGGGGCUGACCAUUCACAGUAUGCUCCGACAGACGGCAGCAUGCCCAGAUCACCGUCUGACUAUGGAGAUGGGGACCCUCGGCGGGCUCCGCGGGGCCCACACAUGUACCCAGACGUGAAUGCAGCAUGGACUGGCUACAGAGACCGGCAAGGUCCUGGACGCUGGCACUCCCAGGAAUACCCUCUGGACCAGGAUCUGGAUGGGCCACAUAAUGAGUAUGAGCUCCAGAGACAGCGACAGGAGGAGUUCCAGACACGCUACCGCAGUGACCCCAACCUGGCACGCUACCCUGUUAAGCCACAGCCCUAUGAGGAGCAGAUGAGAAUGCACGCGGAGGUGGGCCGCCUGAGGCACGAGCGUCGUCAUAGUGACGUCUCUUUAGCUUACACGGAGCAGGAUGAACCCGCUCCCAUCCGGUUGUCACGUCAACAUCUCACCGAACGCCGUCCGCCCAUGGUGGGGCAGCGUUCUUACUCUGUUGACCGCUCCUCCCCCGGGCCCAUGGGCCCCGGUCUUGGAGGCCACAGAACAUCAAACCAUAGCCCCCCGACUCCCCACCGCAGCCCUGUGCUGGGUGACCGAUCUGGGGAUCUUCGGAGGGGGGACCUGGGUGGAGGCGGGGACCCUAUGAGGAGACAGCAGCACCACUUAGACCCCAGCUCAGCUGUCCGCAAGACCAAGAGGGAGAAGAUGGAGAGCAUGUUGAGGAACGACUCUCUGAGCUCGGAUCAGUCCGAGUCGGUGCGUCCGCCGCCCCCCAAGCCCCACAAAACCAAAAAGGGAGGGAAGAUGCGGCAGGUGUCGCUGAGCAGCUCGGAGGAGGAGCUGGCGACGACGCCGGAGUACACCAGCUGUGAGGAUGUGGAGAUAGAGAGUGAGUCAGUCAGUGAGAAAGGGGACAGUCAAAGGGGAAAAAGAAAAACAAUUGAGCAGGCAUUUAUGUCUGAGCCGGCACACACCUUAUCUGAGAGGCAAAAGAAAAUGGUGCGCUUUGGGGGACACUCAUUUGAAGAGGACUUGGCGUGGUGUGAGCCGCAAGUUAAAGACUCGGGAGUUGAUACGUGCAGUAGCACUACCCUAAACGAGGAGCAUAGCCAUAGUGAGAAGCAUCCGGUGACAUGGCAGCCGUCCAAAGACGGGGAUCGCCUAAUAGGGCGCAUUUUGCUCAAUAAGAGAAUGAAAGAUGGAAGCGUGCCUCGAGACUCAGGAGCUCUGCUUGGUCUAAAGGUGGUCGGGGGCAAGAUGACAGAAUCUGGUAGACUUUGUGCUUUUAUCACUAAAGUGAGGAAAGGGAGUCUAGCAGAUACUGUAGGGCACCUCAGGCCAGGGGACCAGGUGCUGGAGUGGAACGGGAAGCUUUUGCAAGGAGCCACAUUUAAAGAAGUUUACAAUAUCAUUCUAGAAUCCAAGCCUGAGCCACAAGUGGAACUGGUGGUCUCACGGCCCAUCGGAGAUAUUCCAAGGAUACCAGACAGCACACAUGCACAACUGGAAUCGAGUUCUAGUUCUUUUGAGUCCCAAAAGAUGGAUCGCCCGUCCAUUUCUGUCACGUCGCCCAUGAGUCCCAACAUGCUGAGGGAUGCCCCCCAGUACUUGUCAGGACAGCUCUCAAGCCAAAGCCUUAGUAGAAGAACAACGCCUAUUCCCCCUAGGGUCCAGGUCAAAUUGUGGUACGACAAAGUCGGCCAUCAACUAAUAGUCACCAUCCUGGGAGCCAAAGACCUCCCACCCAGGGAAGAUGGUCGGCCCAGGAAUCCAUAUGUUAAAAUCUACUUCCUCCCUGAUAGAAGUGACAAAAGCAAGAGGAGAACAAAAACAGUAAAGAAAUCCUUGGAGCCUAAAUGGAACCAGACCUUUAUGUAUUCACCGGUGCACCGGCGGGAGUUUCGGGAGCGCAUGUUGGAGAUCACUUUGUGGGACCAAGCCAGAGUGAGGGAGGAGGAGAGCGAAUUCCUGGGAGAGAUCCUGAUUGAGCUUGAGACUGCGCUUCUAGAUGACGAGCCUCACUGGUACAAGCUGCAGACACACGACGUGUCCUCCAUCCCGCUUCCUCGUUCCUCUCCAAACACACAGCGUCGGCAGCUCCACGGAGAAAGCCCAACGCGGCGGCUGCAGAACAAAGGCUCAUAUUCUUACUCAGGAUCCCAGAGGAUAAGCGACGGAGAGAUCUCAGACUAUGAUUGUGAAGAUGGGGUCGGGGUCAUAACAGACUACCGGCCAAAUGGAAGAGACUUCCAGAGCUCCACUUUGUCUGUCCCAGAACAGGUGAUGUCUUCGAACCACUGCUCUCGUUCUGCCGAAAUACAUAGAGCGCGGUCACGCUCCCCCAGUGUCCCUCCGCCUUCAAGCCGCAACCACCGUGUGUACCCAAUCUGCCGUGAGGAAGCAGUUAGGUUGCUGCGUUCCACUAGGAUGUCCCGUGCCUAUUCUGAAGGCACCUACUCUUCUGACUAUGACUUCGAGAGGAGCCACGGAGCCAUGGAUAGACACGAGUAUCACAGCAGAUCCCGGUCCGCAGACCAGCGGCCCACAAUAGAGCGCCCCGCAUCCCGUUCACGCUCCACUGAACGCCCCCACGACUCAUCGAUGAUGAGGUCCAUGCCAUCUCUACCAUCCGGGAGGUCGGCCCCUCCCUCACCUGCCUUGACGAGGGCGCACCCUCGUAGUGGAUCAGUCCAGACCAGCCCAACCAGUACGCCAAUGUCCGGCAGACGAGGUCGACAGCUCCCACAGCUUCCAUCCAUAGUAAAAGACGGAAAAGAUGGAGACGAAGGAACCGAUCCUUGUGAAGGUAUGGACAUGGAGGAAAGGACCAGGCAGAUGAAGAUGAAGAUGAACAAGUACAAGCAGGGAGCUGGCUCCGACUCACGACUCGAGCAGGACUACCACAAGCGUACCGGCAGAGAUCCACGGGGCUCAGAUAACCUGUCCGCCAAGUCAUCGGACAGUGAUGUAAGCGACGUGUCCGCUGUGUCGAGAACCAGUAGUGCCUCUCGGUUCAGCAGCACGAGCUACAUGUCUGUCCAGUCUGAAAGGCCACAAGGAAACCGCAAGAUCCGCCUUUUGCGAUCAAGGAGCCAGUCUCGGGAGGGGGAUGAGCAUUUAGUUGAAGUACUAGAAGAGGAAGAGGCAGGCGGGAGAGGCGGAGGGGAUGGGACAAGGGCCAAUAAGGAGAGGGUCGUGCAGGGGCAGAGAGAGGGAUCGGGGGACAAAGUAAACACGCACGAACCGCAUCAUGAAGAUUUGCUGGAAAAAGAAGACGACUCGCACCAGCGGAGUAUCUCAGAGACUGACCUCAGGCAAAUGGGAUCGUCGGGCGGCGUGAACCUGACCAAGAGCACCAGCAUCAGCGGCGACAUGUGCAACCUGGAAAAGACGGACGGCAGCCAGUCGGACACGGCCGUGGGCACGGUAGGCACCGACGACAAGAAGAGGCGCUCCAGCAUCGGUGCCAAAAUGCAGGCCAUGGUUGGCAUGUCGCGCAAGAGCCGGAGCACCUCUCAGCUAAGCCAAACAGAAGCGGGAGGCAAGAAGUUGCGUAGCACCAUCCAGAGGAGCACAGAGACGGGGCUGGCGGUGGAAAUGAGGAGCAGGAUGACUCGACAGGCCAGCCGAGAGUCCACAGAUGGCAGCAUGAACAGCUACAGCUCCGAGGGAAAUCUCAUCUUCCCAGGUGUGAGGCUGUCAUCGGAUGCUCAGUUCAGUGACUUUCUGGAUGGACUGGGGCCUGCCCAGCUGGUGGGACGGCAGACACUGGCGACUCCACCAAUGGGGGACAUCCAAAUCGGCAUGGUGGAGAAGAAAGGAGCACUGGAGGUGGAGGUCAUCAGAGCUCGUGGCCUUGUAGGAAAACCAGGUUCCAAGGCGCUGCCAGCACCGUAUGUCAAGGUCUACCUUUUGGAAAACGGAGUCUGCAUAGCCAAAAAGAAAACAAAAGUAGCAAGGAAAACCUUGGAUCCUCUUUACCAGCAGCAACUGCCGUUUGAGGAGAAACCCGGGGGCAAAGUUUUACAGGUGAUUGUCUGGGGCGACUACGGACGCAUGGACCAUAAAUCUUUCAUGGGAGCAGUUCAGAUACUGUUAGAUGAGUUGGACCUGUCCAACAUGGUGAUUGGCUGGUUCAAGCUCUUUCCUCCCUCCUCACUGGUGGACCCGACCCUCGCCCCCCUAACAAGAAGAGCUUCCCAGUCCUCGCUGGACAGUUUCUCGCGGUCAUAGCAGCGUGCGGACUGAUUAGCGUCGUUGUAGCAGCCAAUGUUGCGAUGGAAGGCCACGCCCCCCCAGUUACACUGCAUGCUUGAUGUUGUGUCUUCUGAGCCUGUUUCUAGGGGAGCAAAGGUGAGCCUGUGUUUUGAGCAAAAAAAAGCGUCGCACACACGGUGCACGCGGUGAAAGCGCAUCGCAAGCGCUCAGCGGCCGGGAAUGCUGGGCGUCGUUCUUCUUCUUCUUGGGACGAAACUGGAAUGAACUCCUUAGCACGAGGAAUCCGUCAUCUCCAGGUUUUCAUCCAAUUCGAAGCCAUGGGGGUCAGCACUGAGAACCACGAAAUGAGUUCUACAGAAGCCCUUUUGGAAUGAAAAAUAGAUGCUUUCAUUUAUUUAUUUAUUUUUUCCAUUUAUUUUGUUCCCGUUUCAUGUCUGAAGGGGGUGAUGGCGGUUUUCAUCACAUGCUUGGUCACGCCAGUUUUUGGAGUCGAUUACUUUUUACCCCCUGCUAGCCUGCAGACUCUCGUUUAUGUGCUCAACCAAUGAACCCAAGGCUACAAAUUAGCAAAGUCAUCAAAACCCCAAUGAAAAAGAUGUGCAAUCUAUCAUCUUUGUUGUUUUUUUUUCUUGCUUUCUCUUUUGAUAUAUUGUAUGACAAUUAUCUGAGAAAAAUAUAUUUUCCUGUUUUCGUUCAUUUGCAUGGACAGACCAAUUUAGCUCAGUAAAAAAAACAAAAAAAACAGAAGACAAUUAUUUUCUUGAGGCUGUAACUUGCAAAAAAAAAAAAAAAAGAAGAAAAGAAAAGUGAAUCAAACUGAUCAGCCGUUUUUUUGGCAGUCGAUAAUUAUUUUUUAAAGAUAAAUUUCACUCGUGCAUGGUUUUAAGUCGGGGGGAGUGAAUGCAACAUGGUGACUCGGAAAUAAGUCAUUGCUUAACAGUCUUUAGAGCAUUCAUAAGUCAGCAAGAUAAGGGGUCAUUCGGGAGUAUUUAACAGAUAAUGUUUGUGUGACGAUAAAAAAAAGGUACAAAUAAAUGUAAAUGAUUUAUUUCAAAAGGUAAAAGGCUCAAGCCUCAUGAAGAUAAACAUUAUGUGCAAAUUGUACAUUUUUGUCCCAGGGUACUUCACAUUGUACUGUUUCAUUAUACGACCAUUGUUCAGUCCCCUGAUAGUGUCCACGUUUUAGGACUGCUUAUUUCACACCUCAAUAUUGUUUUGAUAUGCAUUUUAGUUUGAAUUUGAUUUCUUUAACAAGCAUGUUGAAAAGGAUUAUCUGCAACAUGGCUUGGGCACACCUUAAAGUAACUCAGCAUGUUUGAUAAAAGAGGAUAUUUGGAAUUUUUUAGCAAUUUCUUGUACAGUGCAUGUCAACUUCAUUCAUUUUUCUCCCUCACGUUAAAAUCUAACACGACUAAAUUGGUUUUUUUCGGUCUCCUGGUGACCAAUCAGCGAAGGUUUAACAAAACAUUCCACUCAUAUUUUCUUUGAGGAUAUGAGGAGAAAAGUGACGAGGAACCUAUUUUCUAUUAACGGGGGUGGGUGGGGGGGGAUUACAAGUGUAUUUUCUUUCAGUAUUGUUGACAAACAUGCAAAAAUAUUGUGUAUUGGUACAACACAAAAGGUCUAUAAGUCAUCAAGAGGCAGCAAACCUGCAAAAAGAACACAAGUUGCUGGGGUUCAAGACAAGCACUCUUUAUGAAAUGAGCUCAUCACAAGUUCAAACAAUAUGGGAUAUUGCCACAUAAAAUGUUUUGCUUUUGUUUGAAUGAGAAUAUUGAUUUACUAUAUUUUUGUUAGUUUCAUUUAAAAGCCAACACCUGAUUAUUUUUUAUUUUCUAUUUUUAGUAAAAAAAAAGAAAAAAAAAGAACUACUUCUCAUGUGUGGGAGGUAUACAGAAUCUUAUGGUUGCAGUAUGUCUAAAUGAAAUUGAACUGGGGCAUUAUUCCUUCUCCACGCGGAGAUAACCAAUUUAACGUCCAAGGGAACUUUUGUCACUGCGGUAUAUAUUUUACGUUUUUGAUUUCCAUUGUACAUACCUUUUUAGAUGUCAGAAUUUGAAUAAACGAGAUUCCGUGACGACACUCUUCUGGAGCAGGAAAAAUGCCUCACAUGAUGAAAAAGACAUAUGUAAUUUAUCCUUUUGAAUGCCUUUUCAUUUUCUUUUUUGGUGCAAUGUGUUAAUGCCAAGGCUAUGUCUUGGUCAAGUAUGGUUGAGUACAGAGAUUUAUGUAAGUUAUUUUUCAAAUUAAAAAUUAAAAAAUGAUAUUACACUA